AUGAGAGAAGCCACGAAUUACAGAAUUCCUUUGAACAGCUUUAUUCUAACGAUCUGUGAAAUUCUAAAAAGCAAAAUAGAAGAAGAACGCCUUUCACAUGAAGGCCUGGAAGCCCAGCUAGAAUUUCAUCGCAAACGAGCUGCUCAAGCCGAGGAUUGCGUCGCUGAAUUAAGACGUCGCAUAUUUGACUCGGAGCAAUCCCAUAUCAGUGCAGUGAACGAACUAAGUUGCGCUCGAUUAGCUUCAGAAGGACUUGAGCGAGAACUAUUUGGCGAGAAGCAACUAAAUAAGGAAGUUGUGGCUGAUUUGAAAAAGGCAAAUGAGACAGCACUGAAGCUUCGCACAGAUUUGCAGGUUCGUUAA